AUGGAAGCUGCGUUUGAAAGAUUGCAUCUAGUCCAUGCUAGACUCUUAUUUCUCAUCACUCAAAUGUUUGAGCAAAACAUCAUUAAUCAUGACCAGAAAAUAAACCUGAAAUAUGCUGUUUUGAAGGAUGAUUAAUAAUUACUCGAUCUCUAUGAGUAAAACAAGGAUGAUCUAGACAACCUAGUUCAAAUUUUGAGAGAACUUGCAAUCAGCUAAAGCUAAGCUGCAUCAAGUAGGGAUAUGAAUGGUGAUCAAACAGAAGAAACUAACCGAGGAAAUGCUGGCAAUUUAUUUUAAGGAGAAGGGUCUAAAGCAAAUAAUAAAGCUGGAGCCGUUAACUCUCUGCAAGUUAACACAGGCAGAGGAGAAUAAUUAAAGGAUGAACAACUUUAAAUUCCCAAUCGUCUGUUAGAUGUAAAAAUUGAAUAUGAAUCUAAAAUAAUUUAGCUUUCAAGCCCCCUUGGAGAUGGAGCAUUAAAUAGAAAAAAGGAAAGAUAGCAGAAAAUAAUCUAGAAGACUACAGAGACUAAUAAGGUUGCAGCAAUAAUUGAAACAAACGAUAGCAGUUAAAGCACACACAUUUCUAUGUAAGGUUGUGACAUUGGAAUGUCGCCAGUAAUGCAGAAAUUUACUGCCAGCAAAGCUUAAAAGAAAUGA